UACCCAACAAUUUCUAAUACCAGUUCAUACGGUAACGGUAUAGCUUUUUUGAGUGAUGAAAUUUUCUUCAAAUUUUCGAGAUGUCUUAAUCUCUCCUUAGCCUUUUUUAUCCUGGAUGGAAUGGAUAAUGAGUUAGCGGUACAUCAUCGUUAUCCCGGUAGUUUAUCAACUUAUCCCUCAAUUCAGGAUCUUCAAUACUUGACAGAAUAUCUGGAAUUGAAUAAUAACUUUCAUUUUCAGCAGCGCACAUCAGCAAUGUUUGAUUUGUACAGCUUAUAAUGUCUAAGUUGGCUCUUUUUAAAUAUUUAAUUAAUUCUGGUCUAUCAUAAAUAAUAGACCAUGCAACUAGUGGCAUUUUGUCACCAAAAUCGGAACACCAUUCUCUGUCCUUGCAGUGCUUUGAAAAAAUUUCCUCUCCAAAUACGGUAUCCACAUUUACAUUAGCUUUCACCAAUAAAUUUAGUUGAUGAGCUGUUUUUGAGUCUGAAGGCCAGGAUUCCAAUUCACCUAGUGGUUGAUAAAAACAAGCCAAAUGAAUGGGUUGAGUCCCGUCAGCAGCCAUUGCAUUGACAUCUGCUUUAUAAUCAUUAACUAGUAACUCCACCAAUUUAUCUCUAUUUUUCAUGCAUGCAACAUGCAAUGCUGUGAAUCCAGCAAAUUCUCCAGUUGUUAUUAUCGGUUGAUUUACAUCCAUUCCAUUUUCUAAUAACAAUUUAAGAUCUUCCAAUUUGUCUUCUUCGAUGGCUUGAUACAUCAGUGAGUUGCCAGCUGUUGUUGGAUUUAAGUCAAGAUCCAU